GUUCAGCUCCGCCAGUACGAUACAGAAAAUUUCCACUACACAAGCGAGCGUUUGCAAGAGAGCGGCACCAGAAACGGCCGCUUCGUGCAGUGAUGCAGCACCUUACACCAAAGAAACCCUGAUUGGACCGCAGGACGCGACCAGCUGUCGGGUUCCCUGGACGGAAAACAGUGAUGUUGCAUGACAUGCCUCGAAAUAAAUUCUGAAUGAUUGAAGACUACGGUGAGAGCGGUGACAACAUGGCAGAUAGACGGCAACUGUUUGUGGAGAUGAGGGCUCAAGACUUGGAUUCCAUAAGAUUAUCAACUUACAGAACAGCCUGCAAACUCAGAUUUGUUCAGAAGAAAUGCAAUAUGCAUUUAGUUGACAUCUGGAAUGUCAUCGAGGCUUUCCGAGAGAGUGCCAUCAACACCAUGGACCUCAACGCUGAGCUCUCCGUGGCUCGUCUAGAAGUGGUACUGUCCACUAUUUUUUACCAGCUGAACAAGCGCAUGCCCACCACCCAUCAGAUCAACAUAGAACACUCCAUCAACCUGCUGCUUAACUUCUUGCUGGCAUCGUACGACCCUGAGGGCCAUGGCAAAAUAUCCGUCUUUGUUGUGAAGAUGGCCCUCGCAACCAUGUGUGGGGGAAAAAUUCUGGAUAAAUUAAGAUAUAUUUUUUCACAGCUAUCAGAUCCUGCUGGAUUAAUGGUGCACUCGCAGUUUGACCGGUUUCUGAGGGAGGUCCUCAAAUUACCCAUGGCGGUUUUUGAGGGACCUUCUUUUGGAUACACAGAACAAGCAGCGAGGGCAUGCUUUUCACAGCAGAAAAAGGUCUCCCUCAAUACAUUCCUCGAUACGUUGAUGUCAGACCCACCCCCUCAGUGUCUGGUGUGGUUACCACUCAUGCAUCGCCUCGCCAACGUAGAGAAUGUCUUUCACCCGGUCGAGUGCUCCUACUGCCAUACUGAGAGUAUGAUGGGCUUCCGCUACCGCUGCCAGCAAUGUCAUAAUUACCAGCUCUGUCAGGACUGCUUCUGGAGGGGGCAUGCCAGCGGUUCCCAUAGCAACCAGCACCAAAUGAAGGAGUAUACGUCAUGGAAAUCCCCUGCUAAGAAAUUAUCCCAUGCCCUCAGUAAGUCACUGAGCUGUGCAUCCAGCAGAGAGCCUCUUCACCCCAUGUUUGCUGAAAUGCCAGAGAAACCUCUAAACCUCGCUCAUAUUGUGCCUCCGAGACCAGUGAACUUCACCAAUGACUACGCACUCUCCCACUCCAUGCCUACAUCAGGGAACCCUUACUCCACCAAAAACAGGGAUAAUGAUGUGAUAAGAAAGCCUCUGACUGGGGCGGCUCCACAUCUGUUGAAAGGUAAAGGGUUGAACUACAACCUCGAUGUUGCUGAUAGACUUGCUGACGAACAUGCUCUGAUUGGAUUCUAUGUGAAUCUCCUUCAAAACAACCCCAAAACAUGUUUGCUGGAGAGCAGUAACCAUCAAGAUGAAGAACACAGUCUCAUCGCCCGCUAUGCUGCUAGACUGGCUGCUGAUGCUGCGGCGCAGCAGCACAGGGUCCCCACAGACCUCCCCUGCUCACUAGAUGCCAACAAACAGCAGAGACAGCUCAUCGCCGAGCUCGAGAGCAAAAACAGAGAAAUCUUGCAGGAAAUCCAACGGUUGCGCCUACAGCAUGAGGAGGCCUCCCAACCACCUCCUGACAGGGGCCAGCACAACCCUACCCUGCUGGCUGAGCUACGACUUCUCAGGCAACGCAAAGAUGAGCUUGAACAAAGAAUGUCUACUCUGCAGGAGAGUCGCAGGGAACUCAUGGUGCAGCUGGAGCAGCUAAUGAUGCUUCUCAAGCUGGAGGAGGAACGGAGAGAGGCUACUCAGGGUCCCGGCUCUCCACGCUCUUCCCCCAGCCACACCAUCAGCCGACCGAUCCCCACACCAAUCCAAUCCAACUCUGCUGUCACGACCCCCACGCACACACCUCAGGACUCACUGAUGGGUGUGGGAGGGGAUGUUCAGGAGGCCUUCGCUCAGGGUCCAAGGAGAAAUCUGAGAAAUGACUUGCUCAUUGCUGCUGACUCCAUUACCAAUACAAUGUCAUCACUGGUCAAAGAACUCAACUCAGAAGGUGGAAGUGAGACUGAAAGCAUUGUGGAUUCAGACUUUGGACGUGGUGACCUCUUAGCCACAAACUCUUCAGAUCCCCUCUUCACAUAUAACCCAAGGAGUUCAAGCGCUGCAGAGGAGAGCUUUGAGAAUGUCCUGGAGCAGCAGCUGGAGGAUGAGCUCAAGCUGGAGGAGCUGAUGAAGCACAGACAGGAACCAGACAAAACAUGCAUGGUGACCCUGCAGCAGUAACUGUGUGUGACCAGGUAACUGGUGAGCAAUACAAAAAGCAACAACAGUAGAAUACACUGGAUGAGACAACACUGGGCCUACAGUACCGAGCACUGAAGAUAUGAAGAAAUUCAGUUGAAGUAACUUCUGAAAUCCAACUAUAGAAUACAUUCAUGUAAAAAUCUAUUUUUUAACCAAUCACAUAUUUAAGGUAAUACUGUGAGCUGAUGGAAAGAGAUUAAUUAGAAAGCUGUCUACUAUACCACUGGUGCCAUAAAACACAUGACCUUGGGAAAUUAUUUCUUGACUAUAGCCUUUUUAUAUGAGUUGUGAAGCAAAUGUACUACUUUAAUGUUAGUACAGUGUGGAAAACAUGAUUUGAGUCAUGAUCUGAAGUUCUAUUGUUUUUUAAAAAACAGUAAACCAGAUUUAAAUGUUAUUUUCAUCUGGUACACAAACCUGAGAUUACGUUGGGCUUCAAGUUUUAGACAAUGAAAUUGCAAUCUUUUGUAAAGUCUAACUUGGACAGAUUUUACCACUGUUCCAUCGUUCUCUUGCUGUUGAGAUUUUUUUUCUGACCAGAUGUUUCAUUUGAUACAUUGAUCAUAACAAUGUACACUGCCUUAGCUGACGGGAUGACCUCUCAUAAGAACGUAUUUAAGCUGUCAUUGCAGCACGUAGCCAACAACAAAUCAGUUAUUAUAUAUAAGGGAUUUUAUCAUGAAUUGACUAUAUGAUGCAGAAGAUGUAACACAGUGAGUGACAAAUUUCUAGAAUUCAAAGGUUUACACUGGUUAGAGCAUUGAACAAGUCAUGUUUACCAUCAAUUGUUUAUGAACUAAUGUAUGACCACACAGGUCCUCUGCCAUUUUUCAUCUGUUGUCACCAAUGCUACCACACAGAAUUCUCUGUGUGUCUUGCACACCUUUAUGCACACUCUUAAUGUAGUUUCAGAGUGUGUGUGAAACUUAACUCAGUCACUUUGAGAAAAGUGGCAUGCCAAUCUAAAAGUCAUAAAAGUGUGAAAUAUAUCUAGUUUGAUUUUUGAGCAAGUUCAUAGCGGUGAUUUUGCAUGGUGGUGAUGCAUAAUAAAGUGUUGACAUAAUAUCACA